AUAAAUUUUCAAGUAUUCAAAUUAUGUUCUCGAUCAAAUUUCAAUGAAAAUAAAUGGGCGCAGUACAAAAGGAGAGAAUAUAGCAGACAAUGGGGGGCUUAAACAGGCAUACCGUGCUUAUAAAAAAUAUGAACGAUACCGAUCUCUUCCCCAACAAUUGCCAGGAGUUAAUUUAACACAUGACCAAUUAUUCUUUCUCAAUUAUGCCCAAAUUUGGUGUGGUAUAAUGAAUGAUAAGGAGGCGGUUAGAAAAUUGAGGACUUCUGAACAUUCGCCUGGUCCGAUAAGAGUAAAAGGUCCUCUUUCAAAUUCUGUUGAUUUUGCUGCUGCUUAUAAUUGCCCUGAAGGAAGUCCAAUGAAUCCAAUUCAGAAAUGUAAAGUUUGGUAA